AUGAUGGCAGCAAAUAACUAUUUUGGGUUUACCCACGGAGGUACCCAAUAUGGCGCAGCAACGGCUAGUGCCGCUUACGGUGGACAAACAGGGUACGCCGUGGCGCCGGCUGCGACAGCCGCGACGUACGGAACUCAGCGUGCCGCAGCAACUGGCUACGACACGGCUUAUCAGGCCGCAGCCGCCACUCAGGCAGCGGCUCACGCACACGCACACGCCGCUGCGGCCGCGGCUUCGGCGUACGACGCCAGCAAGAGCGCGUACUACCAGCAGGCGGCGGCCGCCUACCCCACGGCGGCGCCGCAGCCUCAGCCCGCUUACGACGCAACGGCCAAGCCUACGUAUUCUACUCCUGCUACUUACGCACAGGACGGGAGACAUAGAAUUAGGGUCGGGCUGGAGCCGGCCGGGACAGAGUCAGUUUACGAUAUAAACCCGAAGAACAACAUUAUAAUCCAGGGCGGAGGACGCGCCGGCGGCGGCGCGAAGGCGGCUUACGGAGGCGUCUACACGGCCACCACGGCCGCCGCCACCUACCCUGCGCAGCCGUACACGGCGCCCGCUGCGCAGCAGGCCAAGCCGGCGACUAACAGGGGCACCUCUGCUUAUGAUACAGCGCUGUACAACGCGGCCACCAUGUACGUCGCGCAGCAGAACAAGACGGCCGCCAACCCGGGUUGGAAGAACUACAACAAAAGCGGCGUGGGAGCGGGUCAGCCCAGAAGGCCCAAGCCUCCGCCGAAGGCGCAACAGCUACACUACUGCGACGUGUGUAGGAUCUCGUGUGCCGGACCGCAGACGUACAAAGAGCACUUGGAAGGCCAGAAGCACAAGAAGAAGGAAGCGGCGGCCAAGGCCGGCGGCGGUGGCGGGGGCGGAGCCGGCGGCCGCGGCUCGGGCGGAGCGGCGCUGCGCUGCGAGCUGUGCGACGUGACGUGCACGGGAGCAGACGCGUACGCGGCGCACGUGCGAGGCAUCAAGCACCAGAAGGUGGUGAAGCUGCACACCAUGCUGGGCAAGCCCAUUCCGUCCACCGAGCCCACCAAGCUCUCCUCGGCGAGCAACGCCAUCGGCGGCGCGGCCAAGAUCGCGUUCGUCGCUCGCGGCGGACUCAGCUCGGUGACGGUCGGUGCCCCCGCAGACAAGGCCGAGGAGCGCGACGACGACGACGGCGAAGAGGUGCAGCCCGUGGGGCAGGACUACAUCGAGGAGAUCCGCGGGGACGACGGCAAGCCGCACAGCUUCAACUGCAAGCUCUGCGAUUGCAAGUUCAACGACCCCAACGCCAAGGAGAUGCACAUGAAGGGCCGGCGCCACCGUCUGCAGUACAAGAAAAAGGUGCAACCGGACCUGGAGGUGAAGGUGAAGCCCUCGAUGCACCAGCGGAAGCUGGCCGAAGCCAAGGCCCAGCGUAUGCUCGUCAGAGACGAAAUGUGGGCCCGACGUCGCAUGCACGAGGGCAUGGAAGACGAGGAGCGCGCCUACUGGGAGGGCGGAGCCGAGGCGUGGUGGGCGCGAGGCCCGCUGCCGCCCCACAUGCACCACCACCAUCACGGAAUGGGCAUGGGCAUGGGUUUCGCGAGCAUGGGCCGUCGCCCCGAGACUUCCGACGACCGCCACGUGGUGGCCCGCCACGCCGACAUCUACCCCGAGGAGCAGGAGCUGCAGCAGAUACAGCGGGUGGUGUCGCACACGGAGAAGGCGCUCAAGUCCCUCUCGGACGCGCUCGCCGACCAGGCGCUCGCCAAGGGUUCCGCUAAACCCUCUCCGAAAGUCGAGGACAAGAAGGAUGAGAAACCCGAAGGAAAAGAAGACGGCCGGGACAACCAACUAUUCUCGUUCAUGGGCGAAGGAGAAGGCGGCGGCGGCGAGAGCGGCGCGGGCCCCUCGGGAGCGCCGAGUCGGGCGCUGAAGGGCGUGAUGCGCGUGGGGCUGCUGGCCAAGGGCCUGCUGCUGCGGGGCGACCGGGACGUGCGCCUCGUGGUGCUCUGCCACGACAGGCCCACCGUCACGCUGCUCAAGCGCGUCGCCGCGGACCUGCCCGGGCACCUGCAGAGGGUCAAGACGCCGGGCGACGAGGCCAAGUACAAGGUGGAGCUGCUCCCGGCCGAGGGCGCCGUCCAGGUGUCGGAGGGCGCCGUGCACGUGCUCGUGAGCCUGACGUCGGCCGUGAUGCGGGAGCCCGCCGAGGGCGGCGACGCCAAGCGAGACGACAAGGACGUGCUCCCGCGCCAGAAGUGCUUGGAUGCGUUGGCCGCCCUUCGGCACGCCAAGUGGUUCCAGGCUAGAGCGGCUAGUUUGCAGUCUUGCGUCAUCAUCAUUCGCGUCAUGCGCGACCUCUGCCGCAGGAUUCCCAACUGGACGCCGCUCAAUCCCUACGCGAUGGAGCUGCUGGUGUCGGGCGUGAUGCAGUCGGCGGGCACCGCGCUGUCCCCGGGGGAGGCGCUCCGUCGCGUCAUGGAAGCCGUGGCCGGAGGCCUGCUGCUGGAACACGGGCCCGGUCUGAGGGACCCUUGCGAGAAGGAGCUCGUCGACGCCCUGGGUAACCUGGCUCCGCAGCAGCGCGAAGAUUUGACGGCGUCCGCGCAGCAGUUCCUCAGGCAGAUCGCCUUCAGACAGAUACACAAGGUGCUGGACAUGGAGCCGCUGCCCAAGGUGAAGGCGGGCGGAGCGGGCGCGGGAGCGGGGAGCGCGGCGUGGAAAUUCCCGCGUAAGCGCAGGCGCUCCAACACCGACGCCGACCACGACACGCCCAACGGCGAGGGCAAAAUAGUGAAGACGGAGGAGGCGAAGGGGGAGCCGGCGGACAAGCAGCCCGUCAAGAAGUAG